GUUUUUUGAAAGUCCGCUCAAGAUUCACGUGCUGUUUUUUUUUUUUAUUUUAGUUUUGAGAAAGUGAAAAAUUUUGGUGAUUUUGGGUCGAAAUGAAAGAGAAAGAAAGAGGAACAACAAAAAAGUAGAAUAAACAAUGGGAAAGAAGAAUAACAGCAGUAAUAAGAAAAGUGGCACAGUCAGCAAAGUCAAUAAGAAUAAUGUGAACAAACAGAAAAAGGGUGGUAGUAAAUCGAAAAAGAAAGUCAAGAUCGAGAUACCUCCAAAAGAUGAAGAAGAAUUAUUAUUAGAAAAAUUAGUAUUUGGGGACGAAAAGGGAUUUGACGAUAAUUUGAAAAAAUUGAAUGAUAUCGAUUAUAAUUUUUUAUCGGAUGAAGAUGAGGAAGAUGAAGAUGAUGAUAACCAUGGCAUAAAUGAUUUUCGAGAUAUAGAUUAUCAAAGCGAUGAAGACAUUGAUCAAGAGAUGGGGGUCAAUACCGAAUUACUUCAAGACGAUGAGUUAUUCUUUGUGGAUGAUGGCGAUAAUGAAAAUACUCAGGACGAUAAAGAUAAAAAUUUAGAAAUUGAAGUUGAUAAGGGAUCAAAUUCUGGAAAUGAAGAUUCCGAUUCUGAUUUAGAAUCAAACUUGGAUUUAAAAAAUGGUGAAUUAGAUUCCAAUUCUGAUGCAUGGGAAGAUAGCGAUGAUGGAAAAAUAAAUAUUGAUAUAUUAUCAAUGGACCGAUUAAAAAAAUUGCGUAAAACAGAGAAUGAUUCAAUAAUAUCGGGAAAGACAUAUAUAAAACGAUUAAGAGCACAAUACGAGAGAAUUUAUCCUCGACCCGAAUGGGCAAUUAAUUUAAGCAAAAAUGGAUUCGAAAAUGAGAUGAAUUCGGAUAAUGAAGAUGGCAAAAGGAAGAAUGAUAAUGGAAAUAAAGAAGAUGAUUCCGAUGGUGAGUAUGAGACAAAUGAGGCCGAUACAAAUAACAAUUCGAAUUCAUUAAUUAGAUUAUUGUCAAAGAUAAAUCAUGACGGAUACAAUAUAUCGUAUGAUAAUAAUUCUAAGAUAAGUAAACUAUUGAGUUCAGUGGCGAUUGAUUUAACUAGAUUGAAAGAUGCAAACUAUAAGCAUCUUUCUAGAGCAGCAAUACAAACGAUAUCAUUUCAUAUUAAUUUGCCAUUGUUAUUAACAGGUGGAUAUGAUCAAACUGUUAGAGUAUACCAUAUCGAUGGUAAGAAUAAUAACGUUGUGACUACAUUGUAUUUAAAGGAUUCACCAAUUCAAACUGCGUAUUUCAGUCGAACAGAGAAUAGUGAACUUAAUGAAAAUUCAAGCUAUGAGAUAUUCUCUGGAGGGAGAAGAAAAUAUAUGUACAAGUGGAAUAUUAAAACAGAAGAAAUAAAUAAGAUUCAAAGAUUAUAUGGACAUGAAUCAACACAAAAAAGUUUUGAAAGAUUUAAAAUGAGUAAAGAUGGAAGAUUUAUUGGAUUGAUGGGGAACAAUGGGUAUAUCAAUUUGAUUUCAUCCUUAAAUGGUAUUUGGAUUAGAAAUUUCAAAAUCGAGGGGGUGUUGGCCGAUUUUGAUUUUUAUUCCAAUGAUGGAAAAAUCAUAGUGAUAAGUACUAGUGGAGAAAUCUGGGAAUUUGAGGUUGAAAGCGGAAACAUAAUUGGAAAAUGGAAAGACAAUAAUGGAAUUGGUAUAACAAAGCUCUCUGUGGGCAGUAAGAAUGAUAGAUUUUUGGCCAUUGGUACGAAUUUAGGAAUUGUAAAUAUUUAUGAUUUCCAGAAGAGAAAAUUGCUAAAUACAAUGCAGCAGUUGACGACUUCUAUAUCAUCUUUGACCUUCAAUCACGAUGGACAGUUGUUGUGCAUGGCCAGUCGAGGGAAAAAAGAUGCACUAAGAUUGGUUCAUUUGCCCAGUUGUCAAGUGUUCAAAAACUGGCCAAACAGUGGAACUCCCCUAGGCAAGGUUACAAGUGUGGCUUUUAGUCCCAAGAGCCAGAUGAUAUGUGUUGGAAAUGAAGCAGGAAAGGCGAGACUAUGGAAGUUGAACCACUACGCCUCGCAAUAAAUAGUGAUCUUUUCAUAGAAACGCAAAUAGAAAACACAGCUCUGCUCCACAAUCUGAUAUUCUCACCAGAAAUUGCACUUUGAUGAGAAAG